AUGGCAUUCUCUGACUCUCAAUCUGCUAUAAGAAGUCAAGCCUCAGCCAAAUGUGGAAUAUGUGACAAUGACCGACCAAUCAAGUGGAAGUGUAUUGACUGUAGUAAGUUAUUGUGUAAUCAUUGCAAAGAAAAAAUUCAUCCAAACUUAAAAGACAAAGAGAAUCAUCAGGUAGUAAACAUUAAAGAUGUGGGACAACCUACUGUUGUACAGUUAAACAUCAAUAAACAAUAUCAGACAGAACAACCUGUAGUAGAAAAUAUAUCUUAUAGUCAUGAUGAUUCACUGUGGAUAAGUAAUGGUGCAGAUAAAGUAUUACAGAGAGUAAAACCUGAAGGAACCAAACUGAACAUACUAUCCAGCUUUAAUACCAAGGUCUAUGAUAUGACUGUUACUCAAUCAAAUAAUCUACUUAUAUCUACAGAUGGAAUGAAACUAAAACAAAUCAGUAAUACAGGUACACUUACAGACUCAGUAUAUAAUGUGUCACCAUUCAUUUCUACAGCAGUUCAUAUCACCAGUGACAAUAACGUUCUUGUAGCAGGUGGUACAGAAGUAAGAAGAGCUGUAAUACUUAUGAAUCAGAAUGGAGACCACGAGAAAGUGUAUGAACAUGAUCAACAUAAACAACCUUUAUUCACCUAUCUCAGAAAAAUUACCAGUACUAGAAAUGGGAAUAUUCAUGUGGUGGAUGGUAAAAAAAGUGACGACAGAUAUAGAUUGGUAGUGUUAGGGCAGGGAGGUGAUAUCAUCAAUAUCUAUACAGGAGAAACAGAAAUAAACAAGGACAAACCAUUCAGACCAACAGACAUAGUGACAACACCAAAAGACAAUGUUAUUGUAGCUGAUAUGCAUACCCAUACACUUCAUAUUAUGAACAACGCUGGCCUGCUGAUGACAUAUUAUAAAACAAGUGACAUAAACAUACGCUACCCAUGUUCUCUUGCAUUCACUCCAAUAGGACAACUCUACAUAGGAUGUGGUAGAUCAGCAGGUAGUACUAAAAAUGAGGCUAAGAUAUACGAAGUGACCAUAUCAGGAUUUUAA